AUGGGACAUGAGGAGCAUGGAGGGACUUGGCACAUGGACGCAGCUCAACUGGAUACGCAAAGGAAGAAGGGAGAAGCCAUCUUGAAGACCAGCUCGACCGUCUACUCGACCAACCGGUCGAGUUCCUCAACUCGACCGGCCAAGCUUCAACUCGAUCGAGCUGAGAAGUGUAUGCGAACUCGAUCGAGUCGGUCUACUGAGGACUUGGUCGAGCUAGACUUCACAACGGGUAGAAAGAGGUUCAGAGGUUGA